AUGUCACGGCCGCCGACCACGCCGUUCCCCACCUCGCUCAGAGAGCUGCAGCGGAAGCCCUCGCUCCGCUCGCUCCUCUCCACAGCCCGUACUCACCUCCUCCUAACGCCUUUCGAUCCCACCAUCCUUCUACGCGUCCUAAACCACCUCUCGCGGGCGGACAAAGCCUCUCUUCUUCGCCUAAACACUGCCUUCUACUGGCUCGUCCUCCCGCUCAUCUCAACCCACAUUGUACUAUCCGACACGCCAUGGCCACGCCUCCGUCCCGUCGUCCGCCCACCACGAGAGUUCUGUGACUGGCUCGAAACACAUCCCCCAUCCUCAUGGGUACGCCAGGUCAAUGUAUACCCUCACGCGUCGACCCGAUGUAUGGUCCAUCACUACGAGCACGAGGUGGAUACGGAGCACGCGCCACGCACACUGAACUGUCCCGAGCGGUUACCAUUUCUCUCCCGUGUCCAGACACUGCGGAUCCAUGGCGCCCUCCAUACCGAUUCGGACAGGUGGCACGGGUUGACGGCCCAGUGCGCCGCAUUGCAGAAUGUACGAGCGCGUAAACUCGUUCUUGUCGGCGCACCCUCGUCGACGCCCCUGACGAGUUUGCCGUAUGCAGUUCUGGCCGCGGUGGACGAGUACGUCCUCGUCCUCUCUGAGGCGGUGGAGGCGCGUUCGAUUGCCAACGACCUGGCGAAUAUGACAGUGAAGAGGGCGACGCUCAUCUUUGCUGCAGAGCCGUGGAUGCCGUUACGCGCCAAUGAACAUAACUGGGUCGCGUUCUUUGCCGAGUUGGGCCGCCAACUCGUCCACUUUCCCAUCCACUUGCGCAUCGUCAAUGCCGGUGACAUCAAAGUGGGGAGAGAGUGGGACAUAUCUCGCAGCGAGGCAUACCUAGAAUCACACCUCCGCGACGCGCUGCGGGCCGAGCAAGCCGAAUACAGGCCGUGGAGACGACCACGAUGCGAGAUCGAGUUUGUCAGUAUGGCGACAUACCUCCUCGACGCGCCUGAAGAUGAGCUGGGUCCAGAGCGACUGGCCAAGUGGCGCAUUAGCCUCUUAUCGAAGGGCAGUUUGAAGCGACCACCGAUAAGCUUGAGCCAGUCACCAAAGACGCGACGCCCAGCGCCCCUCAAGCCCGCCAGCAGGAUAAUGUCGCUUCGGACCCAGUCGGGGCCGGGGUCGCCUAUCGCGUCGAUGGCACAUGCAGUUGCGAGACGGGCCAGCGAUAAGAUGGCCGAGCGCGGCGAGAAGAGACUGGCAAGGCGGACCGUGUCGGAGAAACUGAGAUGGGACGAGAACGUCCGUUUGUACUAG